AUGGACUUUCCAACGACCCGCGAGCUCGAGCUCGAGGUCCUCCUCCGCGAGAAAGAUGCCCAGCUAGCAGAAGUCACAGACGACAACCGCGCCCUACGCCAGUACCUCGCGAAGCAGCCGGGUCCAUCGACCAGCGACCCCGUCACCAUACCACCAGCUCUUUUUUCUGUUCUUCUGCCUCGCAUCAACAGUGCCGCCAACGCUGCUGGCAACGAGCACACGGGCGCGGGAUCCAGCACCGUCACUGCCGCGCUUACCCAGCGCGUGCGUCUUCUCCAGGAGGAGAACGAGGAACUGUACAACCUCCUCAAGCAGUCGACGACGGGCAAGCUCCAGGACGAAGUGCGUGGUCUCCGCCGGGUUGUCGCGCGCCUCCAGGCAGCACUUAAAGGCUCGCACGACACGAUCGCAUCAUUAUCAACCGAGCUGGAUAAAGCCUAUGAAGCAUUCCACUCCUCAUCACCGCAGCGGGCAAGUGGCACGAAGAAGGCACGGCCCAAAUCCAACUCGCCCUCGCGAUCACCACAACCGGUAUCGCAUCCCGAGCAUGAUGUAGGCAAUACGGCGCCGAAUCACAAUCACAAUCACACUAGCCGCAACAGCAACAGCAACGCGCACAGCAACUCGCGCCCUCCUCCAACAGAACCCAGGGCGCACAAGCGGCCUCGACUCUCUGAGCCGCAAUCCCAACCACAAUCGCAGGCGCAACCCUCGCGCUCGCCUCGUACCACACCGGUCCCGCGCCCCGCACCGCCCUCGCUGCCCCAGAAACCACAGACGCACCACCAUCAUAGCCAUAACAGCGGCAGCCAGCACAGUCGCAGCCAUACGCAGAGCCAUACCCGCGAGCGCGAGGGUGGGCAGCAUCACCACCACCAUCCCCUGCCGUCGCGCGGGGAGAAUGGGCGGUAUUCUGCGGGCAAUAACAGCCAUAGCAAUAGCAACAAUAAGAUGGACGUGGAUGAGGAUUCGGCGUCUGGAAAGGGCACUGUGCAAAAUAGCCGCGAUCGGAACCGUGGGGAGAGGAGUAAUAGGGAUAGAGAGCGUGAUAGGGAAAGAGAGUCGGGCAGCGGUGGUAAGGAUCGAGAACGCGAACGGAGGGACGGGAAAGAUACCAGCUCGAACGCCAACAACUUUGCGUCCAAUUCCAACUCGAGUUCGCGGCGGAACGGGCACACGUCGUCGUCUGUGGGCUUGUCUGUGCGCGGUGCAGCUGCCGCGGCUGCGGCACAGAACGUCGGUGGUGGGCGCAAGGUCAGCGACAGGAAUGCGACCUCGAAUGCGUACUUGAAUUCGGCAGACCGAGAGCGGACGUUACAGGAGAGACUGGGUCUUUGA